GAUGUGUGACAGGCAUGUGUCAACCAUCUCCUUCAUAUGUGACAAAACUACGUCACCCAAAACCAUGUGGCAAACUGAUCUGACCAACCUAUGGUAGCACUUUUAUGUAAUUAUUUAAAAAUAAUCAUGGCAUUUUGAGACACGAAUCUAAAACAAAUACAGUUAAAACACAUUGACUAUACUCCAGUUUUUACUUCUGCUUCAUUUACUGUGAUGAAUUUGCCAUUUGUAUGUUAAUUGCACUGAACUGUAUUUACUGGGUCUGGCUGCAUUAACACUGCAGUUUUCCUGAUGGGAUUCAUGUCCUGCUUCAUUCUCAUUAUUUCAGAUGUUUUUUUCUCAGUGGUUACUUUGUUGUUUUACUUCACAAUUGUUGGAGUUGUAUUAAAAUAGUCAUUAAAAAUUGUUUGUAGAACAUAUAUGUCAGCGAUCAGCAGUUACUAUUCAAGAAACCUGGUUAAAAAACGUGAUGGGCGUGGGAAUAUUUGAUCAUGAUUUAUCCCGAGCAAGAAGAAGCAAGAAGGGCGCCUCCUUUUUAUAUACACCCAGACCAUUUAAUGUGAAGCUUGAUAUGUAACGAACUCCAGUCUGUAUGUAUAUAGCCACCGGCAAUACAACCUGUUCAAUUUUUGCUAACUUUAGCAGACCUUGUAUUUAUCACUGAUACCCAGGGAUUCAAGGCAUAAUUAGUCUGGUUUAUGUAUCUAAUAUGAAUCGUCGUAAAAGUGCUUAACGUGAAAUAUAAUCUAGGGAGAAACAAACCCACAUUGCAACUGCGGCGGGCGUUAGUAUGCACGGCGGCCCGAUGCCUGUGUGACCCGCACGCCGCCGCGUCACUCGCCCCGCCCCGCCCCGCGUUGUAACCCGGCAGAUUUGAACGGCCUGCCAGCGUAUCAAGGUGAGCAGACGCAGGCCUAGUCAGCUGUGCCAGUAAACACCAACCGCUUUUUGCUUUUAGAGUCUGGCGUUAGCCGACUUUUAUGGUUUAUCGGUAUUUCGAAGGCGAGGGGGCAGGAAAGGAGACGAUGAAGCUGCGGCCUCGGAAGGAAGCGGGGACGCCGCGUAAUCGUACUUUAAGGAAGACUGCAGCGAGCGCCGAGCGGCGGCGAAGGAGAGUGAGGCAUAAGGAAGAAGCAGCUGCAGUGGUUUCCUCAGAGUGUAGCGAAAAUGAUGUCCCAGUUGUCACACAGCACUCGAUUUUGCAGGCAAGACCCAAGAGAAAGGCUUCGCCAGCAGGUAAAAGCAGAGGUGUGAAGUUUGCUGAAGAGGAGAUCUUGAACCCAGACCAGUGUUUCUUUGCGUAUGACGCAUUCUGUCUGAUUAGUAAAGAGGAACCAGCCAGAGUAUUUAACCCUUACACUUUCAUCAAGAACAUUCCAUCACAGUCCCAGUUGUCAAAACUGAGUGUUCGGGAGAUACCAGUGAAGACGAGAAGUACCCCUGAAGCCACACUGGUGUUGGAUUUGGAGGAAACACUUGUGUACAGUUCGCUCAGUAUUAUCGAGGAUGCAGAGUACACCUUCCACACACAUUUUCAGGAUCACGAGUACGAAGUCUUCCUUAUCCUGAGACCACAUGUCAAGGAAUUUCUGCAGAGAAUGUCAGAACUCUUUGAGAUAUUUGUGUAUACGUCUGCGAAGAGAGGGUAUGCGGAAAAGAUCCUGGAGAUGCUGGAUCCCGACAGACGGCUCUUCAGACAUCGUCUGUACCGGGAGGAUUGUUUAUGCAUCUAUGGUCACUAUGUGAAGCAUCUGAGCAUAUUGGAGAGGGACUUGGCGAAGACGGUGAUUCUGGACAACGCUCCCCACACAUUUCCUUAUCAUGUGAUGAACAUGAUCCCCAUUAAGGGCUGGGUGGGGGAGAAGGACGACAGGGAGCUGCAGAAGCUGAUACCGUACCUCACCAAACUGGCGGAAGCUGAUGAUUUUCGGCAUGUGUUGAAGAAGAGGUUGGACCAUUUGCAUCGACUGCUCUCGGAAGAUUGACACCAUCUCUGGCUCGGCCCUUGUUCCUUAUUACACUGGUCCUACAUUACUGGUAUGAGCAUUACUGCAAGAAGAUCGACACUGGGAGAAGAUCACCACCAUGCUACAGCUUUUGGAGGACUAAAGGGCCUGGAUGUCUGGCUUCUUUGAGUAUUUUUCUGUUUUCGAAAUACUGGCUCUGUCAGUAUUCUUCUUGUGCGCGUGAAUGUGCAAGGUUUAUGCACUGUGUUUUUUUUUUAUUUGUGUAAAUCUGAGAAUUACUUGAAUUUCACAUGAGCAGGAGGUUGUCUCUUGGUCAGAUUGUAGUGGUUUUAAAGUCGUUUUAAUUGCAAGUUGAUUUAAUGUAUUUUGAUUUACUUUUUUUUCAAGCUUAAAUAUUUGAACAGUGUAGCCAAAGAGGUUCUGCAUUUCAGCAUUUAUAAAGCGUUUUCUGUUAUUACAGUAAGCAGAUUGUGUAAUUGCAAUGUUUAUGUUCUGACAAAUAAACUCUAUAUCCCAUA